AUGCGCCCUCGCACGUCAAUAUCGUCCAUAUCCUCGCGACUAUGCUUUCGCAUACCGUCUGACCGUCGCACAUUGACGUCAGACUUCAUCUUUGAGGCCAUCCCAGAAAACGACGUCGUCCUUCUCAAGCAACGCGGUCCCAAGGAGGCACGAUGGCGUCUAUCGCAUCCUCUCCAGUCGUCCCAUGACAAGUCUGUCAAACUCCACUUUGGCGCGCGCAUCCCCCAUGUCAACAUCAUCGGGCGACGCGUGCUCGACAUUGUCAAGGACUCGACAGGGCUCGACGUCGUCCUCUACGCCCCCUCGCUUCCGCGAUCGAUCGUCCACGCGCCGCGUCAUGCGGUCCCCAUAUACCCGGCCGACGCGCAGACCAUUGUGAAUCUGAUGGACAUCAACGUGGAGAGGCCGGACCCUGAGGACGAUGGUCAGACAUGCGAUGAGCCCUUCGAAGUGUUCGAGGCGGGUACGGGCGCGGGCAGUCUGACGGUGCACAUCGCCAAGGCACUGCAUGCUGGGAAUCCGGGGCUGCCGAAGGAGCUGCGUGAAAGUAUAGCGGGGGCCAGGUUGAGCCUUGAUGCCUUGCUCUCGCGAAGUGGCGCGGCCAAGUCGCUCGCCGACGCCUACCUCCCCCGCCGCCGCGCCAUCCUACACACCCUCGACCGCAACCCCAAGCACACCCACACGGCGCACGCCAUGAUCCACGGCUUCAAGAGGGGCAUGUACCUCCCCAACAUCGACUUCCACGCCGGCCUCAUCCCAGAGUAUCUCACCCAGCGUCUGGAGGAGCGUGAUGGACGUCCGUUCCUGUCACGUGUGGUGCUCGACCUGCCCACGGCGUCCGAGUACGCCGAGCUGCUCAUCCGGUGCAUGCACGUCAACGCGACGCUGACGCUCUUCACACCGAGUAUUUCGCAGAUUGCGAGCUUUGAGUCCUGGUCGAGCACGACGGGACAGCCGCUCGUGCAGGAUCGUGUGGUCGAGCUGCCGACGGACUCGUCGGACGAGCAUGGUGUCAUGGGCAAGGAGGGCGGGAGGCCGUGGAAGGUGAAGACGGUGGUACCCAAGCGGCGGGAUGAUGGGGCACCCCUGGUGCAGAUCAUGAGGCCGCUCGUGGGUGAAAGGGUGGCUGGCGGUGGGUUUGUCGGGGUGUAUCGCAAGAUGAGGAGGGGACAGGAUAAAAUAAUAGAGCAUCAUUGGAACAUUUGA